ACUUGGCAAUGUUAACACGGCAGCAUGGUUGUGUGUGUCAGACAGAAAGGUAGAGAGAGAGCGCAAGAGACAGAGAUAGACAGGGCUACAGACAGGACCUUGGCACAGGCAGAGAGGCUUGUGGGUACGGUGUGGAUGUGGAUUGUAAUGGGCUCGUGGAGGCGAUGGUGGUUUCUGUCUCUCUCUCUUCUGAGUGGUGUCCUCCUGGUCUGCAGCUAUGGGAGAGUGUUCAGACCCCCUGCGCACGCCAGCACGGUCUUCCUACGGUCGAAGCGAGCGAAUGCGUUCUUCUUGGAGGAGAUGCUUCAGGGGAACCUGGAGAGAGAGUGUUAUGAGGAGACCUGCAACUACGAGGAGGCCAGGGAGUACUUUGAAGACACACCCAAAACUGACACUUUCUGGAAUGUCUACGUAGAUGGGGACCAGUGCAAACCCAAUCCCUGUCUCCAUGGUGGCAGCUGCAAGGACAGCAUUGGAGGUUACACCUGUAGCUGCACAGAGCCGUACCACGGGAAGAACUGUGAAAUAGAUAUCUCUCAGUGCCCCACUAAGGGGCCCUUCUCCUGUGACCACUUCUGCAGUCCCAACUUUGGAUCAUACCAGUGCUCCUGCACCACAGGGUACAAGAUUCACAGUGAUAAGAGGAGCUGCAUACCUGCAGUUAAGCACCCCUGUGGAAGACUCCAGCCAACAAACCAAAUCAACAUAGCUUAUCACGUCUGUCCACACAACCGCUGUCCAUGGCAAGUGGUGUUUGUGGAUGAGGCUGGUGCGGAGCUGUGUAGCGGGGUGAUCCUGGGGCCUCAGGCAGUCCUGACCUCAGCUAGCUGCCUGUACAUGGGAAAGAAAGUCCACAGCAUGCAGACAGGUGCCUCAGAUAAUAGUGUGAGGAUCCCUCUAUCGACCCAGUUGUACAUUCACAACCGCCACGAGAGAGGCAGUCUGGAGGACGACCUGGCCUUGGUGAGACUGAAUGAGCCCCUUCCCUAUGGCCCCUCUGUCUCCCACCUGUGCCUGCCCACUAAGGAUUUCAGUGAGAACGUGUUGAUGAGUCCAGGAAGGGAGGGGGUGGCCAGGGGUCCGGACAAGUUCCGGGGGGAAUCCCACGGCCCCCCUGUUCUCUCCUACCUGAAAGCGGAGGGCUGUCGAAACCAGGUGAACGUCUCCCAGCCCCUCACCAACAAGAUGUUCUGUAUGAGGAGCCAGAAGGGCUUCUGUGGGACUGAGUUGACUAGGUUUAAUAAGACAGACCUCAAACCAGGACUAACGAGGAACUGCAGCCUCUUGUCCGGGACCCCCGUUGUGACUGUGGAGAGGGGUACAGCGUUCCUAACAGGCCUGCUCCUUACGCCACCCACGUCACAUGGCUGUGAACAAACCCUGUUGUUCACCAAGCUGUCUCGCUACUUGCAAUGGAUCCAGCAGCGCCUGGAGAUGACAGAGAUGAGGAUGACACCACAAAUGACCCACGACCCACCUGGACCUUAUGUGUAACCCCAACUAAGGGUUAGCCUGAUCCCUACCUACACUGGACUUACAGCCAACAAGGUUGUGUUCAAGAUUUAAGUUGUUUUUUCCAAGGUUAACAAUGUAAAUGAAAGCGAGUGGUUAUAUUGUAACGUGUACUAUAAUUAUAUAAAUCAUUUAUCUUCCACACUUCCUUAAUAAACAAAAAUCUGGUACAAGGAGUACAAAAAAAAACACUUUUAUUCAAAAUGUAAAAAAUAUGACAAAAUAAAAUGCAACCUAAAUAAUAAGGAAA